CUUAAUUCCAUUUAAUCUUCAGGAUUUGAAUUAAUAAUUGUGAUUUCUUAUGAUGACAUGACAGUUCUCAAACUCAACUCCAAAGAACCCAAGAAUCAGUGACCAACUCAGAACAAAGUUAUUAAAGGAAGAAAUAUAAUUUAUAAAAUAAAAAAACAAACAAACAAUGUCUGGAGUGUCCCUAGCCGUGUCUUCAACAGACAUGGACAAAUCAAAAUCACCCCCGGAGCAAAAACAAGCCGUCGGCAUAAUGGGAUCCCUCCGAUUGAUCGAGCUUCAGUUAGUUGCCUUCAUCAUGGUCUUCUCCGCCAGCGGCCUCGUCCCCCUUCUCGACCUCGUCUUCCCCGCCCUCACCACCGCCUACCUACUCGCCCUAUCCCGCCUCGCCUUCCCCUCCCACCACGGCCGCCGGGCGGCGGGCGGGUACGGGACCCAGGAAAUAUUCCAAGGGAGCCGCCUUUUCCGGGUCUACGUCGUGGUCGGGACCACAGUCGGGCUGUUCCUCCCGCUGGCGUACGUCUUGGGCGGGUUCGCGAGGGGCGACGAGCACGCCGUCCGGUCCGCGACCCCUCAUCUCUUCCUCCUCUCGUUCCAAAUACUCACCGAGAAUAUCAUUAGCGGACUGGCUCUCUUCUCCCCGCCCGUCCGAGCCCUCGUCCCGUUGCUCUAUACGGUUCGUAGGAUCUUUGUCAUCUUAGACUGGGUGCACGAUGUCUGGGUUAACAAGUCCUUGCCCGCUAAUGCUCAGUUCAAGGAAGUGGCAUGGUUUUGGUUUGGGAGGACGUUGGCGGGGGCUAAUAUGGGGUACUUCUGCAUCAACCUCUUCGGGUUUUUGAUUCCGCGGUUUCUGCCUCGGGCAUUCGAGAGGUACUUCAAGGAGAGGGACGAGAUUCUCGCCAAGACGUCGGAAGACAAGCGCUCUGCUGCAGCAAUGGCGGCCAAAUCCCAACAACAUGCUGAAAAGGCAGACUAGUUUGUGUAUUUCAAGCUUACUUAUUAAUUUUUGUGUUAUGCAUGUGUGUACUGUUGGAUACUUGGGUGUUUUGUGGUUUUGCAUGCCAAGGUAGCUUUAGUUUAUAAGGAAUAAGCAGGUAAUGUACGU